UGCAGCUACCCAUACUUGCGCCUUUCAUCAAAGCACCCCUUUCCGCGCAUUGUUUCGCGGAUCAGCUGUGCAUGGAUCUAAAACCCCACCCGAUUAGGAAGGGAAAGACGUGAAGCGAAGCAAUAGGGACCGCAAGAAAAUAAGAGGCUUUAAAAACAAUUAACAUUCUGUAAGGCGUAAAAUCAAAACACCGCCCUUUAUAUUGCGAUUCCUGAGGACUGAAACGGGCUACAUCUUCGCAUUCCUCUAUUGGAUCGCUGCCGCGGUGAAGACGUCCAGUCAGCUGAUAUUUUGCUACCCUAGCUCCUCUCUCAAGAUGAUAGCCCUUUUUAACAAGCUGUUGGACUGGUUUAAACAGUUAUUUUGGAAGGAGGAGAUGGAGUUGACACUGGUCGGUCUGCAGUAUUCGGGGAAGACAACCUUCGUGAACGUAAUAGCGUCAGGGCAGUUCAGUGAGGACAUGAUUCCUACAGUGGGCUUCAACAUGAGGAAAAUCACCAAGGGCAAUGUCACCAUUAAGCUGUGGGAUAUUGGGGGUCAGCCUCGAUUCCGGAGCAUGUGGGAGAGAUACUGCCGAGGAGUCAGUGCCAUUGUUUACAUGGUUGAUGCUGCAGACCCAGAGAAGAUUGAGGCCUCAAAGAAUGAACUACACAACCUCCUAGACAAACCUCAGCUACAGGGAAUCCCAGUACUGGUUUUGGGGAACAAAAGAGAUAUUCUGGGUGCCUUGGAUGAGAAGGAGCUGAUUGAAAGGAUGAACCUGUCAGCCAUCCAGGACAGAGAGAUCUGCUGUUACUCAAUCUCCUGCAAGGAAAAAGACAACAUCGAUAUCACACUACAGUGGCUGAUCCAGCAUUCCAGAACCAGGAGGACAACUACAUGAGGGCUGAACUUACUGGACGACUCCCUCUCUCCUUCCUCUCCCCUCCAGGACCACUACUCUAAGACCAACCGUACCCCUCCUUCUCUCCUCUCCUCCUCCGCUCCUCCCUUCUCUCAUCACCCUGGUUCCAUUUCUAGUCCCUUCGUUUCACUCCUACACUCUUGGUGUUCACAGAUCUGAGACGAUUGGAUAGGUGUGAGCAAUAUGGCAGUAUAUGGAGACAUCACCACAAUGCUUCUAAAUAUCCAAUCUUCUCAGAUCUGUGAAUAUGGAAUGGAUAGAGGCUAAGAGAAGGGGCUGUUCUCUCAUCCUCAGCUCUCCUUCCUUUUUAGCUAUCUGAGAUCCCUACAUUUUACUCUUUAAAAACAGCCCCCCACCCUACCUGAUUCCGUUCUUAUGAUUUGCACUGUUUGAAUUAUUUUGUAUGCAUUUUUUACACCAUGUACUUCAGACUGGAUCAAGUUGACUCUUGACAGUCACCCGCUGAGUAGUUAUUGUUUUCAUUGACUGUUGCAGAUUUGUUUAUUUUGUUUUUUUAUAUAUUAUACUUGUACAGUGUGGGUCUGAUUGGAUGAGGUUUUGGUCAAUGAGAUAAUCUAUUUUCACUUGCUCAAAUGAAUCAUGUUCGCCUGUCAUUCAAAGUUCAAACUACUCACACAGACGCUCACUCAUUCUGUCUACUAACCUGUAGCUUCACAGCUGUUCCCAUAGCAACAUGGUGGCCAUUUUGUCUCUUAACCUGAUCAGGUGAUCAGCUCUGACCAAUUAUUUGUUGAGAUUUAUUGAACGCAGUCAUUUCUCCUUUCUCUUGCAUGUUUUACCUAACUGAAAGGAAAUGCAUACCACCUCAAUAUGAAGGAUACAUACGUUUAAUACAUAAGUCAGAUCACAAGUUAGCAAAACAUAUAUAUAUAUAUAUAUAUAUAUAUAUAUAUAUAUAUAUGACAUCACAGGAAAUUGUUCCAUAUUGAUGCAACAGAAAUCAAUAAAGUUUCAUACAGGUUCAAUAUCCUUGACAAUAAGUAUAACAAUGUGAUGGUCUUAAACAAACAUAUUCACCUUUAGUGCUGCUUGUCAAACAUAUGUCACGUCACAGUCAAAGUCUGUUCCAAUUCCAAAUGGAAAACAAUGUAAUAUAAGAUUGAUAUCUUGUUAUUUCGGGUAGAUUUGGACCCUGCUUUGAGUUGUAGAUAUUCUCAUCAAUAUCAGUUUAAACUAUAAUUGCAACAUUUUACUUGAACCCUCCUUUAAAAGUCCUAUGUGACAGUGUCAUAACAAUGACAGAAGUUAUGUCAAACAGUCAUGUUUGCUUAUGGCAACUGAUUAGUUGGAGAGAUCAAGUAAAGUGUAACCAUUGCAACCUUGGGAGUUUCUCAGACACUUUAGCUAGCUAUUCCUAAUGUUAUUUAACAAUAUUUGAAUUGGCUAUUCCUAUGUCACCUCACAUUAGCAUGCAUUGACAUUCACACGCUUUUCCGUCUGACUUACUAAAACACAUGUCCAUGAAUUUUUAUGAAUGCUAUAGUAUUUGCCAUCUCAUAUAACAUGUUUAUAAGGCCAUAUUUAUUUUGUCUUUUAGUGUUAGGGUUUCUUUAGUUUUUUAUGUCUUAACUUUGAACAUAACCACCAAAAAGAUGCAAUACUACAAUUCAAUACUAAAAUCAUCUGUAUGUUUUUUUAAGCACAGAGAUGACGUAAAGCACACAAUAACCAACUCGUAUAUUUUGUUUCCAGCGGGUUUUGUCUGAUAAUUCACUCCCUGAAUAUGAAUCAAGCCAUUGCCUCCACUAACAGUUCCUCCCUGUUGGAUCUGGAGAUUUCAGCUCAGCCUUUAGUUUAGUGCCAUGUAGCUAUAGGGUGCAUACUAGUAGUCUACUUUUGCUUCCCCACAUUUUCUCCUUUCCUUCAUUCACACAGAUAUGAAAGGACUAGACUGGUGAAAAGAGGCAUCCAUCCACCAUAUUGCUUUCACACAUCCUGUCUGUUCAGAUCAGUUCAGGUAAAGGAGAUGAGUUGAGCAGAGGAAGUCCCUUCAGAGUACAGAGAUGUAUCCGUAGUCCCAUCCUUCACUUUAACACCACUCCAUAGGCUUAAUAACUGUUUAAGGUUGCUAUUUGUUAUUUUAAGUUGGACGUUUGUACCUGACAGAAUGUACAAUGAGUGAAUUGGCUUGUUAACACAAAGUAAAAAUGGUCUUGUCUCUAAAGUGAA